AUGGCCAAACAAAGUGUGAACUUUGCUGGUGUACGUCAAAUAUCAAGGUGUGAAAUUCACCAAAGUAUUAAAGCGGUGUGUUAUAAUUGUUCAGAGGCAUAAUAUAUCUUAUACCAUAGAGAAUCUCUCGAAGUUCAAACACGGGGGCGAGAUGGGUGUACAAAAAUUAUACUUAUAUAAUGACCCAAUUUAAAAUUUUGAAACAAUACUGCAUGCAAUGCAUGCAUGCAUGCAUGCACAGUGGGUUUUUUCAGUAUAUAUCAUGCAGUAAUAUUCCAUGACGUGCACAAAUUAAACAGCUUAUACCUAUAAUUUCAUAUAUCUUGUUAAGUCUGCACACCAGUACUGAAUCCUCUUACUUCCCGAUACAUUUCUUUAUACAUUUCAUUUCUUAUAUGUACACGACUUUAUCUGAAUAAAAAUCUUUUGCAGAACACUUUACCCUAUAAUGGAUUCCAGCUAGGGAUGAAAUUUUGAUCUAGACAAGAUCUGGAAAGAGCAUCUUAAAAUGAGUGAAAUUGCAUGCAAAGUUUGGUUGCGAAUUGUUGUAAAAUGAGGAAAAGAUAUAGCCCUGUGAAGUUUGCAAAUUUUGUCAUAUAUUUGCAUUACGCGCAGAAAAAAUAACCAUUUUUGAGCCGAAAGUAGUUAUUUUUACCGCGCGCGUAAUACCAAUAUAUACAAAACUUGCGAACUUCACAGGGCUAUAUUAUCUUCAAUUUACAACAAUUUGCAAUCAAUAUUUGCAGUGUUACUCAUUCUAAGACGCUCUUUCUAGCUGUGGUGUUGGAUUUCAUUCUUCUUGCCUUGAUCAAAAUUGUAGCUGGAAUCACCCAUUAUAGAGCUAUCUAGUAUUAAUGCAGUUAUUUUAGUUCACAUAAUUAGCGGUUUAAAUUGGUUUUCAUGCAUGCACUUUAUCAACCUAUAUACCUCGUCUAAACAGACAUAAGACUUGCAUGGCAAAUAGACGGACUGUUGCAAUAUUCUUGUUGCUGUUUUAGUUAAUCUUGCCCGAUUUAAUCUAGCCAAUACUAAGUAUUCUCGUAUAAGCUUGCACCCCCCUCUCUGUUGUAAUAGACAGAUUAGCGAACUUAAGAUGAGCUAAAUCUAGUACGCGGACGUGACAAAAAGACAGUUAGGCUACUUAUGCUUUUCUUUUGGACUUGUUACCAGUUUAAAUUUGAUGCUUGCGAUGUUACUCUUGUUUUUCAACUAUAUCCUUCUUUGUCGACAAAAAGAAUCUAUAUUUUUUACUCGUGUUGCUGACACUGGGAAUUUAGGGUGUUUUUUGUCACGUCCACGUGCUAAAUUUACCACAUCUCGAGCUCUCUAAUUAGAUCGAAGACGCGGACGUCAAAGACGACGUGGUAUAUCCAUAAAUGGGCACAACACGCCAUUUUCACGUUGUCUUUGAAUAUUAGACAGAUUUAGAUCGAGGACGCGGACGUCAAAGACGACGUGAAAAUGGCGUGUUGUGCCCAUGUAUGGAUAUGCCACGCCUUUUCCACGUCGCCAUUUUCACGUCGUCUUUCUUCGGCAAGAAAAGCCAAAUCUAUAUUGACGUAAAUCAGCACAGUUGGUGUAGUGGUGUUUUCAAUAUAAAUGCACUUGCCUUACGACCUGUUUGUCAUUUCAAGUCAAUCCGAGGAAGAGUGAGGAACAUUUUACAACAGCAACGCAAAUAAAGAUGAGGGUGUUGGCGACAGUUCUAUAGCUUUGAUUUUUGUUACAACGCUUUUUGCAGUAAGUACAUAAAUACUUUUUAAACCAGUCUAACGUAUGUCUAACUUGUUUUUAAAUAAAGGAAAUAUUAAAAGUAAAAUAUUGUUCUAUUUGAGAUGAUUUAUAUGUUUAUCAUAUAGCAUGUGCGAUAUCAAUUAAAGUAUAGGCAUGCAUGCACUCAAAUAUCAAAUUUGAGUGAAUUUCGUUGAAUCUAUUUAAGUUUUAGGUCCCAGAGUUUCGUAGGGUUUUUACUGUGUUAUAUACCAGUAUUUAUUAAAAUAUAUUUUCUUGAUGUAAACUCUAAGUUAACUGAAGGUGGGCCAGUAUAUCGCAGCUGAAAUGGAAUGAGUUUUUAGUGCUAUAUAACCGCUUAGUGCGUGUACUGUUUCACCUCUGUGACUGGGAUUUUCGAUUCUUUUAAAAAUAUACAGUUGUCUGCAAGAUAUAUAAUCAACAGAGCCAGAACUACAUGGGGGUCAGGAAUGCUGGAAUUGCGGCCAUGUUAAGUUGUUAACUGAUUAAGGAAUAUUCUGAAAAUGAGGUCCAAAAAGUUCUGAAAAAGUAUUUUUAAGUUUUAACCCUCAUUAUGGCAAAAUAGCGUUUGAAAAAAAUUUUUUUGAGAGGUUUCAUUUUCGAAAAAAAAAAAACGUCGACCUCCUCCACCUGUUGCCAACAUUUCCCGGGAAAAUUUUUGCUAUAUAUAUAUAUAUAUAUAUACCUGUACCUGUAUCUAUUUAUAUAUUUACUCCAGGUAAAUGCACAACGUCCUGGUCCUUGCACACAACAGGAGAGAGCAAAAUUUAUUGUUGUUAAAGAUCGCAAUGGUGAUGAUGAUGUCGCGGUUUGUAUUCAACGUAAUGGAAAAUAUCAAUGGCACGUGAUCAAAGGUACUAACAUCGUCUUUAUGUCUUACUGUAUGUACCUGAGCAUGCGUAGAUUAUACCGACUGAAUAUUAUUGAGACCGUGAUGAGACGAACUACUGAACUGUUUCAAGAUAUGGCUCAAAAACAUAACCUUAUUUUUCAUAAAUCGAAGUAAAGCAUGAAGAAAAAGAACUGAUGCCAUACAAUAAAUGCUCAGCACAAUGGCCACUUUUUUGACAAUUUGCUGUCGGGAAUUAAAAGGACUCAGUCCUCUCGCAUUUAGUUUGGCGAUGAUGAAAUUAUUUUACUUUGUCUGUAGGGGGGAACUAUAGGAUAGAGUCUAGACGUUAAUGGGUUAAGAAGUCGACCAGCUUAUUUUUCAAAGGGGCCCUUUUAACAAGCUGCCGACCGCGCUGGGGCUUGAGCUCUACAGCGAAUAAUAAUUUUUCCUCGCUGACACAUCAACAGCGAAAAUAAGAAUUAUCCAAGGUUUGUUAUUCAAUCACGAACCGAGAAUAAAAUUUGAAUUGUAUAUAAUAAUGACAAUUAUAUUUUUAGAUGCUUUACCCCCACCCUAUUAGUUAAUUGGCUAAUGCCGCUCUUUUUGUUUUUAAAGACCUUGAACCGCUGAUACAUGAAUCAUGCAAAGAAAUAUUGACGAGUUCAAGGUAAAAUACAUACAUAUAUACUUACACAACAUCGAAAAUUGUUCCACAACCUCGACCCACUAUCUAAAGCUUCGCUUGAGGAAAUUCGUUUCUGGUUUUGGUAGAGAUAUAUAGCCUAGAUUAAACCAGUUUCCAAAUAAAAAUUGCGUAAAUUGUAAACACGGCGCCAGAUUCUCAUCAGUUGAGGAUCUUCUAGAUAGAUAGAUAUAUAGUUUACUGAAAUUUACUGAUUGCAGCCAUGAGCCGAAUUACUAAAAUUUACAAGAAUUUACUGAAGAAAGAUAUCUUAGAAACAAUGAAUUCUAUUAUAUGUACAAGAAUUCCACUAUGCAUUAUAUAUGUACAAGUUAAAAAAAAAAUAUUGCUAAUUAUGCCUUAUUUAAGUUACAUUAAAAAACUCAUUAAUAUUUCAUGAGGAGUUUGGCAGAGUUUAACUCUUUGUAGUUUACGUUUCAACAAGAAACCAUUAUUCAAUUGACAACAUUAUUUGGAAUUUCGUACGAUACUAGUUUCUGAAUAAAAAUAUGAUGAUCGAUAUGAUGAUCUGGUUUCCAGUGAAAUUUCCAACUGACGUUUUCUGCAUGAGUUAUAUAAGGCAAAACCUAAGUUAGAAAAAAAUUGUUUAUCUUACAGAAAUAAUGGAGAUGGUGUUUACCAAAUCAGUGUUGGGAACAAUACAGUUAUCGACGUGUACUGUCAAAUGACUAACGUCUCAGGAUGCAAAGGUGGUGGUUGGACACUGGCGAUGAAGAUUAACGGAAGUUUGGUAAGCCUUAGCCCAUGUCACAGACCUUAAGCUAGGUCUGUGACAAAAAUCUGCAUGUGACAAAGGCCAUAGCCUAUCGAAGGGAAGAUGGCUGUGAAACGCAUUAGAAUAACAAUAUUACUCAUCUAUAUUAGUCAACGUUUAUUCAUAAAUCUGAUCCUUCACCGUCACGUGUGUAUUGUAUUUUUGCGCAACUAACCAAUAGCAAUGUUUUAGGAAAGUCACCUAUCCGUGACUCGAACAAUAGGGAAACUGGAAAUUGCUAUUGGUGGAUUUGGUAAAAAUACAAUACACACGUGACGGUGAAAGGACCAGAUUUAUGAAUAAACGUUGACUAACAUAGAUAAUGAGUUAUAUUGUUAUUCUAAUGAGUUUCACAGCCAUCUUCCCUUCGAUAGGCUAUGUAAAGGCUAAGUAAGCUUGCAUGCAGACUUUAAUAAUCAUGGUUAUGUCUCUGCGAAUCAGAGCGCAGAUAUAAUUGAACAGCGAUGCCAGUUUCCUGUAUAUAAAUUCCAUGAUUACCUAAAUUACCAUCAUUUCCUCCCCAGGAAGUUAUACUUUCAUCCGCGUUUGUCUGACUGCAUGUGAGCACGAUAAUUUAGAAAAAUACCAAACGUACGUAUUGAAUACGAACAUUUGUGGAACCAAAUGACAUUAUCCAAGUACAAAUUGAUUAAAUGUUGGUUACAUUUGGAUGAGAAAGUGGCAAAAAUCUGUCUUGCUUUGCCGGGCAAAGUCAACCGAAUGGAUAUUAAUGGUGAUUCCAGUUACUGACUAAAUUUUUAUCAAGAACGAAAUCCAACACCACAGGUAGAAAGAGAAGAGCAUCUUAAAAAAAUGAGUGAAACUGCAAAGUUUGGUUCGAAAUGUUGUAAAAUGUUGCGAAAUGUUGUAGCUCAGUUGGUUAGAACGCUGCACCGGAAUCGCAGGGCCGUAUAGGUUCAAUUCCUACCAUGCAGAGGACCUUGUGCUGCAUUUUUCGCAGUCGUUCCUGGUUAGGUCUGAAAAUGUAUAUAUACUCACUUGGAUUACAAACUCUAACAUUCUAAGAAGAACAUAUUGUCUUUGAAGUUCGCAAAUUUCGUAUAUAUUUGUAUUACGCGCGGUAAAAGUAAUCACUUUCGGCUCAAAAAUGGUUAUUUUUCCCGCGCGUAAUGCAAAUAUAUACAAAAUUUGCGAACUUCACAGGGCUAUGCUAUGUUUUCUUCAUUUUACAACAUUUCGCAACUAAACUUUACAAUUUUACUCAUUUUAAGAUGCUCUUUCCAGGAAUCGUCUAUUAGCCCAUUCUAUAUAAUUGUUGCAUGAUACAUGACUUAAUCCGAUGGCGACUCCUCCAGAUCUAAGACGUAUUUGUUUUUAUAGAGUACUUUCAAAUACAGUUCCUCUUAUUGGACGAGCAAAAACGCUUACAAUGACGAUGCCUAUGGACGAAACGGCGGUUUAGACAACCGAGAAUAUAAAGGAUCAACUUACUGGAGAACCUCAUUUAAAGAAAUUUGUGUUGUUAUGAAAUAUGGUGGUCGUUUAAGAGCCUUCUCUUUCUCGUACCCGGCAUCAUCGCUGUAUAAUCUGAUCGCAGACGGAAACCAUCGACAAACUCAAGUCGGUCGCGCGCAAUGGAAAUCAUUGAUCAGUGGAUCAUCCUUACAGCUUCAUUGCAACCGAGAAGGAUUUAACUUGCGAAGUGAUUCAACGCUGUCUAAAUAUAGAGUAACUGUAAAAGUUCGGUUGGGCAUUAUUGCAAACCAGCAGAAUCAUUGCGAUUCGCCCGACUCUUACGUUGGCCUGGGAGCUGAAGGUGGUUGGAAUUAUCCCGUCGAUCCAAACUGGUGUCAGCCGCCGGACAAAUCUCUCAACUCGGCGGGUAAUCUUGGCCAGUGUAGUCCAGACAACGGAAACAAGAAUACCAAAGCCAUGGCGUAUAUACUGGUUCGUUAA